CGUUCGGCCAACAACACGGCGCGCCUGCUCCGCCUGAUCCACGCGGUCAACGUUCAGCUUCGCCAACUGCAGUUCGCCGUUCGAAAGUGUCUCUCGAUCCGCUGCUGCAGCCGCCCAAUUUCCGUGACGUCACCGCAAAAGUAAAUGCACUUAGCUGCACUUCGCAAAAAAACGAAACAAUUGCAUUGCAAACUAAAUAUAGGAGGGGAACUGAGAAUGAAAAUGCAUCAAAGCUGGAAUUGGAUUUUCAACUGGAGCUGGACUCUGCUGAUUUUUUCGGCCCUGCUCCUCUCGGUGGCAAGUUCACAGGAAUGCGGCCAGGAGGAGUUCACCAAGUGCGCCGAACCACUUGAUAUGCUGCAUUUAACGUCGGAGUUCUCGAUUGGCCCGGCCAAGAAGGAGGAACUGGACAAACUUUGUCACGAGCUUCGUAAGGGUGUAAGGUGCAUCCAGAGCUACACUCGCCGUUGCAUGGACUUGCAGCAGAGGAAUCAGUUCAAUAAGCUCUACCAUGGAACAAACCAGUUUAUUCGGGAUCUGUGCAACAAGGGCGAGUUCCAGGAGGAGUACCUGAAGCAUGUGCCCUGCUCCGAAAUGGCCAAAAAGGAGUUCGAGGUGUGCGCCAGUCGGUACAAGGAGACCAUGGUAUUUCUAAAGCCCAACAAGAACCAGGAGAAUGCGGAGAAUGGGACUUUUAAUGAGAAUAUUAAAACCAUUUGCUGCUCCAUUAACGAACUAGUGGAUUGCUCGGAGGAUGCGGCCCGUAAAAUCUGCGGCAAUGAGGCGGCCAAAUUCACACGAGAACUGGUCGACAAAUACGCCAAUAGCCUGACCAAGAUUUACUGCGAGGAUUUUACCCGAAAUCCGGGCAUAUGUCGGGAUGGCGAUGGCAAUGGUUCCCAGCGAUCUUGCGGCAAUAGUUUGAGCCUCCUGCUGACAGGGACUCUCAUUACAGUGCUGACCAGCAGCAGAAGUCACAGAUAGAUGGCGGAAUCACAGCUAAGUGCAUAAAUCUAGAAACAGUCUUACCAAAACGGGACAGCCGACAAAAUAAGGAGAAAUAGUUAAGGUUUCCCCCAAGUCACACCGAAUGAAUUCCACACGCUGUUGCAUACUUUUGGCAGUCAGCUUAGGCCACACGAGUCCUUAGAGAGAAGUCCCCAAAAAAGAGAGAGGAGAUAGGAGAGCGAAAAGUAAGCAACACUUAAGCUAUACAGUAAAGUAAAUGUUAAGUAUGCUAUGUAUACCAGUAUGCAUAUAUAUAUAUACAUAUAUAUGAAGAGGGUGGUAGGAGAGCUAAGAUCGUAUAUAUGUAUAUACGGUUAUGAAUGUUACUAUAUAAAGGAUAUAGGCUAGAUAGUUAGAAUCAGUGUUGAGUGUGGCAGGCAGUUAGUUGUUGUUGGCCUUACUUUCCAAUCGUCGAUCGUGCAAUACUAGAGUUUCGUUGAGUUUGUUGCAGCAGUUGUCCAGGCUUUAAGUGUAGGCAUAUUUUAGGUAAUAUUUCCUAGGUUCCCCCAAAACCAUUGUUAGCUGAAGUUAGAAAGCAACCCUAUCCCGCCAUUUUUCCGUUUCUGAAACAUACUAAAUAAAAGCAAAAAUUCAAAAACACCUCCAAGCGCACAACACUCCCGAGUGGAUUUGCUCACAUAUCGGCAAUAACUUUUACACAAAACGAAAGUGCAUUUCUAUGAAUGAGAGGAUUUUAUAGAUUAUUUAUAAACCUAUUUAGUGGAUAGCGUAUAUUUAUUUCACACACUGUAAAUACCUUUAAAUAUAUUCAAAUUAAUAAUGCUACAAGGCGUUUGGAAGUAUACAUAUAUACAUAUAAAUAAAUAUUAGUUUAACUUAAAUACACACACUCUCUCUCAAACACACACACACACACCUUCUUACCAAAAAACUGUGAAUAUAUAUUAUGAUUAAAGAGUAACAUUUAUUUUAAGUAAAACACACACAUGCAUAUGCAAGAAAAAACAAUAAAAAAAUAC